CAGAGACAUCAGCAGAAAAGGUUCCUUUUCUAUGGUUAAGCAAGCAUUGGUCAGUCACCGGGGACACUUCACUGAUGCCAGUGUAGGCUGAUCUGUGAAGAUGCAUGAUGCUUGCAUCUUUAAGAACACAGGACUGCUCAGAAAGCUGCCAGCAGGGCCUUUCUUUUGUGACUGGCAUCUUAUCAUUGGCAACUUUGCAAUGCCAGUAGUGAUUCUGUGGGACCCAGCCUGCUCUUUGCUCCCCUGGCUCAUGAACCUUACGCUGACCACCUCAAGACCACUAAGGAAAGACUCAGCUACUGACUCAGCAGGCAACUUGUUGCAGCGAUGGAAUGUUCCCUUAAAACUACAGCUGAGCAGACAAAUGGCUAGCUCUGGUGCACCUGGGGGCAAAGGCGAUAGUUCUGUUUUUGUCCUUAUUGUGGGCUUAUCAACGUUAGGAGCAGGUGCAUAUGUGUACAAGACACUGAAAGAAGACAAAGAGAGAUUCAAUGACCGCAUCGAAGCAAUAGCUCUGAAAUCCCAAGACGUGAAGUCCACCUCUGAAGUGGGUGCUGCCUCCCAGGCCACAACAGGUGAGAAGGAAUCCAGGGAUCGCACUGCAGAGCAGGGGUUGAGAACAGCUGAGCAGGGAGCUCCAGAGACAGAUCCGAGUGCUCGCCCUGAAUGUCCAUCCCAUGCUCCUUUUCUGCUAAUUGGUGGAGGCACUGCUGCUUUUGCUGCUGCUCGAUCCAUUCGGGCUCGUGAUCCUGGGGCUAGGGUGCUGAUUGUUUCUGAAGAUCCUGACCUGCCAUAUAUGCGUCCUCCUCUUUCCAAAGAACUGUGGUUUUCAGAGGAUCCGAAUGUCACGGAGACUCUGCGAUUCAAACAGUGGAAUGGCAAAGAGAGAAGUAUAUAUUUCCAGCCACCUUCUUUCUACGUACCUGCUCGUGAUCUGCCUUAUACAGAGAAUGGUGGAGUGGCCGUCCUCAGUGGCAAGAAGGUGGUGCAUAUGGAUGUUCGAGGCAAUGUGGUGAAACUUGAUGAUGGAACCCAGAUAUCCUAUGAUAAAUGUUUAAUUGCCACAGGUGGUUCCCCAAGGAAUCUUCCUGCAAUCGAGAGAGCAGGGAAAGAUGUGCAACAAAGGCUGACGCUGUUCCGCAAGAUUGAGGACUUCAAAGCUCUAGAAAAAAUUUCAAGAGAAGUCAAGUCCAUCACCAUUAUUGGCGGCGGCUUCUUGGGUAGUGAGCUGGCCUGUGCUCUGGGAAGAAAGGGACAAGCCGCAGGGCUGGAGGUGAUUCAAAUGUUCCCAGAGAACGGCAACAUGGGCAAGGUCCUGCCUGAGUAUCUGAGCAACUGGACAACAGACAAAGUCAAAAGAGAGGGUGUUAAUGUCAUGCCCAAUGCUGUGGUGAAGUCCGUCUGUGUCUGUGGAAACCGGCUGGUAAUUAAACUGAAGGAUGGAAGAAAGGUGGAGACUGAUCACAUAGUGGCAGCAGUGGGCCUGGAGCCCAAUGUGGAGUUAGCAAAGUCUGCUGGCCUGGAGGUAGACUCUGAUUUUGGAGGGUUCAGGGUGAACGCAGAGCUGCAGGCACGCUCCAACAUCUGGGUGGCAGGAGAUGCCGCCUGCUUCUACGAUAUCAAGCUAGGCAGAAGACGGGUGGAGCAUCAUGAUCAUGCUGUUGUGAGUGGAAGAUUAGCUGGAGAAAACAUGACAGGAGCUGCUAAGCCUUAUUGGCAUCAGUCAAUGUUCUGGAGUGACCUGGGCCCUGACGUCGGAUAUGAAGCCAUUGGCCUUGUAGACAGUAGCUUGCCCACUGUAGGAGUUUUUGCUAAAGCAACUGCAAAAGACACACCGAAGUCUGCAACGGAGCAGUCAGGGACUGGCAUCCGCUCAGAAAGUGAAACGGAAGCAGAAGCCUCUGAGAUUACAAUCUCUGCCAGCUCUCCUUCAACACCUCAGGUUCCAAAGCAAGGAGAAGACUAUGGCAAAGGAGUCAUCUUCUACAUCAGGGAUAAAGUGGUGGUGGGAAUUGUCUUAUGGAACAUCUUCAACAGAAUGCCAAUUGCUCGAAAGAUCAUUAAAGAUGGAGAGGAGCAUGCUGACCUCAAUGAAGUAGCGAAGCUCUUCAACAUCCAUGAAGAUUGAGCCCCUGCUCCAAGACCUGUCUGGCUGGGGUGCGUCGGUGUAAGUGGGGACACACAUGCUGCAGACUGAGAGCUCUCCCCGCCUCGGAGCGCUGAUUCUGUGUUCUGAAUACUUUGUGAAUAAUUCCAGUAAUCUAGAACUCUAACAUUUGCACCAGUAAAUAAAACCAGAUUCUUCUAAA